AUGUUAGUCGCAAAAGAUCUUGCAGUGUUUGAUGACAACACACAGCGGUUCUACUCAUUUCAGUUUUGUAUAUUGCUCUCUCUGAUUGUUCCAUCGAUCCUUGCAUCUUUGUUUGCUCUAUAUUCUCUAAUUCUUGAUCCAAAUUUUCGCCGAGAAUGCCAUAGCUAUACGCUAAUUGUUCUUCUUCUGAUUAAUCUAUUCUACAAUAGUAUGAAUAUUUCUUAUUUCAUCUAUUAUUUUCAUACAUUUCGAACUUUUCUUAUCGCACCAAUGUCACGUCUCGUUUGGGGAUAUUUCGAUUGGCAAAUCUAUGUACUUCAAAUUCUUCUCUACGCCUGGUUUACAAUAGAAAGGCACAUUCUCAUUUUUCAUGAUAGAUUACUUACAACCAGACGCCGACGACUAGUUAUUCAUUAUCUUCCGCCAUAUUUCGUGAUUGUUUACUGUUUUGUCUAUUAUACUUUUGUGUUUUUCGUUCCAUCCUGUAUCAACAACUUCAGUCGUUUAAUUCGGCCAGGCUUUUUCCCAUGUGCAUUUCGAAACACGACACUUUUUCUCAUAGCUCUUUUCAUUCGUGUUUUAUACCAAAAACAUCGUGUACAACAGCCUGUUCAAUGGCGACGAUAUCGAAAACUAAUAGUUCAGAUUCUAGUUAUUUCAUUUCUUUAUUUGGUUUUACCAUUUCCUCCGAUGUUAAUACAAUUUCUUCACAUUUGUGGCAUGUCGACAUCUGUCGGAUCAGAAUUCUCGUUACGAAUGAUAUUUGUCAGUUAUUACACAUUUCUUCUUUUUCCGAUUUUUACCAUUGCGUCAUUACCCGAACUACGAGCAAAGCUUAACAAAAUCUUACUGUGUUUACAAUGUACUGUUCAACGAAUCAACAAUACUCAUAUCGUCUACAUGUCCAGUAAUCGUGUCAGAAUUGUUAGAGAACGAUGA